CAUUUGAAAUUUUUUUUCUUUUAUUUUUAGAUAAGUUUCACAUAACCAUCAAAAAUGAUUGUUGGUUUCCAGUACAUGGCUAUGACCAUAACAGGAGUGUUCCAUUUGGGUAUUGGAGUUUUGUGUUUCAUUAUUUCAAUGGUGGGAUUUUCAACAAAAUUAAUUCAGUACCAUCCCAUUGGACAUUUGUCUAAUGUCACCUCUGCAGCAGCAUGUAUUGUAAGUCUAUGGAUUAUCACAAUUGGCAUAUUUGGAAUUCUUGCUGGUCUCAAGUCAAAUACAGAAAUACAAACCAGGAGAAUGAAAAUUACCUACAUGGUCCUUGCCAUUCUGUCAGCAUGUAUCUUUUCAAUUGGUGGAAUGAGUGCCUUUUCUGGUCAUGCAGCUUGGAUUCAACUGUCUCUUCGUUAUGAAAGUUAUUAUCCUUUAUUCUGUGUUGGAUCAUUUGCUAUGUUUGCGGAAUUUAUUUUGGCUAUUGUCUCUUCAUCUAUUUGCUGCUGCUGCUCACAAGCAAAGAAUAAUGUUGUUGUUAUCCAUCAAAAUCAGGCUACUGAAUUCGUGAAUCCGUCAAUUAAUACAAGCUAUUCACCAAUUACUCAUUAUUCUCCAAAUGUUGCUGACCCAUAUAUGCCUCAAGAAUUCAAUGAAAUGAAAUAAGUUUUUUCAUUUUUUGUGAAAUUAAGAAAUGUUUGAAAAGCAUGAAACAGUUUAAAAAUUCUUUUUUUUUUUUUUAAAUUUAUAUAUUCUCACUAUUCAGUAAAACUGACCAGAAUCUCAUAAUCAACAUACCUGUUGUCUACUCUCUCUCUCUCUCUCCAUAUAUGUAUACACACACACAAACAUCUACAUUCAAAAAUGCCUUAGCAACAUACUAUUGUCACUGAAGCUGACCCUAAGAUAACCAUCUGAGCUAUUUUACUGUUAAAGUAAUUGUCAAGGUUUUUAAUAUCAAAUUUUAUUUACCAUACAUAAUUACACUACAUCUUUAUGUUUGUACUAACUGUCCUUAACUUUUAGUAAUGUUUAGAAGUAUUUACUUUACUAAUGUCAUUGAAAAAAAUGUUUAUUGUUCUCAUUUCUGUGAGAUAUUUCUAGUCCAUACUCACUGAUUCAUUUGAAGUUCUUUUCAUUAUUGAUGCCUAUUUUUGUUAUUGUAUUCUUUUAAAAAACACUUUAUUUCAUGUUGCUCCAUUUCACUCAGUUGUAGAAAUAAGUUGCAAUGUCACUGGUGCCAAUUUGUAUCGGCCUUUGCCUUUUCCUUGAUAACAUCAGUGACGUGGAGAAGGGAGGCUGGUAUACAUGGGUGACUGCUGGUCUACUAUAAACAACUUUUCCUGGACUUGUGCCUUGGAGGGGAACUUUCUAGGUGCAAUCCCAUGGCCAUUCAUAACUGAAAGAGAUCUUUACUUUUCUAUUAAAAAUAUUUGUCUUCAGACAUGUUUUUAUAUUACCUUGAUGCUUUUUCCUUAUUUUAUUUGUAAUUUCCUGCAAAGAAUCUACUACUGCCUGUUUCUAUUAGCAAUAUCUCUGCAAAUAUUUUUGCAUCUCUAGUUCUCCUUUUAAUUGUAUUUUUGUUACCAAAUAAAUGCCUUCAUAAAAUCA